AUGUCGAUUGCGGCGGCCAGAUCCCCGUCCCCGGGCCCGCCGGCGAGGCCGUGCUGCGGCCUCAGGAGGAGCGCCGAUUCCAGCCCUUUCAGGCCCGCCGCGUCCCCAACAGAUUCGCCGCAGAGGAGUUCCUCCGUUUGCAAGAACAGCGGCCGCGCAUCGCCGCGGACCUGGGGCGCUGAGAAGGAGAACGACCCGCGGGAGCGGGACGCGGCCGGGACCGGGGCCGCGAGCGCGAGGACGCACAAGGUCCGCUCCAGUGGUGGCGUUUGCGCCGGCGGCGGCGGUGUCGCCAAGAGCUUCAUGGCGCCCACCAUCUCCGCCGCCUCCAAGGCCGUCGCGCCGUCGGCCACGCCGAGGAAGAAGGUCCUCGGGGAGCGCAACAACGACCCCGUCCCCUCCUCGCCAGUCGACCUCGCGCACAGCAGCAGCAAGCCCAGGGGGCCGCAUCCGCCGCCGCCCGACGAGGCGCUGGGCGCACCGAGGCGUCUGCGCCUCUCGCUCGACGGGGCGUCCGCCCCUCCUCCCGCGGCUGGGCCGAUCGUCUCCUGCGGCGCCCGCCGGUCGUUCGGAGGCGACGAGGCCGCCGUGAUGGUCGAGAAUCCCGUUUCCCAGAACGACCACCACGCGGCGGCUUCGGCGGACGCGGAGGCCGUGGCAGCCCCAUACGACCCCAAGACGAAUUACCUCUCCCCGAGGCCUCGCUACCUGCGCUACCAGCCCAACCGCCGCCUCGAGAUUUACCGUCAUGGCGGCGGCGCGGUGCGAGGGCUCGAGGACAGAUUCGCCUCCGAGAGCAGCAGCGAGGAGGUCGACACUACAACCACCACGGAGGAGGAAGUAUCUGGGGAAGAGCAGCCAGAUGACUCCUCGGAGGAGGAAACCUCGGCUCUGGCCUCUCCAUCGGAGGCCAGAGGUCAGUCUGCUGCUCCAGCCCUGGAUGGCGUCCUGCUGCCGCAGCCCGCGCUGGAUUCGCCACUAGCUCGGGUCCUGACACCGGAGGGGAAGGAGUCCCCGCGAGCUGGUGGCGUGCUGAUACAUGAGCAGGAACCUGCAGUGAGCCCCGCGCGAGCUCGUCCCAAGAAGAAGAGGUCAUCGAUGAGGUUCCUGCUUGCUCCUCUUGCUCUAGUUCUGUUGAUGGCUGCAGCGUUUGUCUGUGUGCCACCGCCGCCGGGUCAUCCGGUCAUGCUGAACACCUCCCUGUCAAAGGUGUCAGACUUUCUUUCAGUUCAAGAAUUGCAUCCUGUGGAGUUGGCUGCUAGGCUGAAGCAAUGGUCUAGCAGUUCGUUGGACUUUGUCACGGCCUACUGGGAGGCUAUUGCAUCUUACCAAGAUCGAGACGUCUUUGGUCCGCACUUAGCUGCCAAUUUGAGUGCUGCUGCUGCCGAUGUAGAUGCAGAUUAUGCUGUUGGUUUCUACUUCAGUGCUUCUCAGACAAGCCCAAUCAGUUUGGAGAAGGAGUUGGGGAUUCAGGAGGUUGUUUCAGAAAGUGUUACUGAGAUGAUUGCAGGGCCUGAUGUAGAGGAACUGGCAACAUAUGGUGACCCUGAUGCAGAACCUAUUGAUGAUACUGAAAUGGAACAGGAAGAUGUAUCUGGGGUACCAAGUGCCAUGUAUGAGGUAAAUGUUGAUGCAGCAUUAGAGGUACUCAAUGCUGAGAUGGCCGAAGAAGUGUCUGGCAGUAGUGGAGAAGAGACGGCAGCCUUCAUUCAGAAUUCAGAUAUUCCUUCUCAAUCCACUCCCGAGCCUGAACAAGCAGAGGGCAUUGACGAGGCUUCCUUGCAGCAAGAUGUUCAGACUGAGGACUCCGAGGGCGAUCAUGCUGAUGGCAAGGAGGAUCAGGAAGCUCACCAUGGUAAGAAGUUGGGAUCAGAUAUUUGGCCAAGUUACUUGGACAAAAUAUCAAAUCCGGCUGCAAUUGGUGCUGCUCUUGCUGCCAUUAUUGUUCCUGCUGCUCUGGCAUACCUUUACAUGAGGCAGAAGCAAGCUCGCGUUGCCUCCAAUGAACCAGCUGAGCAAGUUGAGCAGAUUGAACAAGUUGAGCAGGUUGAACAAGUUGAGAAGGCUGAAAGUCUUUCUGGUUCAGGAAGUAGCCAGGGGCAUGUUGUUGCCAAGGGUUCACUGUUUGGCGUAGAAGAAACUGAGAGACUUGGUGGCUCUGGCCCGUCACAGUAUAGCAGCAGCUUGUCAUCUGGGUUUGGCAGGAGGAGGAAUACCAAGGGUGACGACCUUGAGCCAGUAGUGUCGAGGACGAGGAGGGAUUCCACAGCUCAAUCCACAUCGUCUUAUGGUAGUUUCACCACAUACCAGAAGAUCCCUGCCAAGAAAGGAAACAAGGAGGACGAGGCGAUGACCCCAGUCCGGCGCUCCAGCAGGCUGAGGAAUGUGAAAACUCCUGAAGCCUAG